AAACAUCUUUGAUUGCCUUAUACAGUGGUGCUUCAGGACCAGGGGGGAUGAACCGGGAGGAGGCCCCUGGCAAGUCUCCUGAGGAGAUGUACAUUCAGCAGAAGGUGCGAGUGCUCCUCAUGUUGAAAAAGAUGGGAUCAAAUCUGACGCCGAGCGAGGAAGCGUUCCUUCGGAACUAUGCAGGCGUGGUGCACAGUCAGAUGAGCCAGCUGCCGCAGCACAAUAUAGACCAGGGUGCAGAGGACGUGGUGAUGGCCUUUUCCAGAUCAGAGACGGAGGACAGGAGGCAGUGACCUCUGACCCCGCAGCAGCUCCUCACUCUAUCUGACCCCGCAGCCUGCUGAGUUGGAGGAGAGAGAGAUGGAGUGAGAGCGAGACAGACGGAGAGGAGCAGGUCUGUCCUUCACCUGUCGCUCUUCCUCACUCCCUCCUCUUCCUCACACUAAGCGCCGCUCCAGCAGCCCAGAGCCUUCAUCACAGCAGGCCGACUCACCAGUCAGACAGAGAGUGAUCUUUAUUAUUUUUACCUUUUUUUGGGGGUUUUUGUUUUUUGUUUUUUUGCAUCAUGCUUCAGGCCAUAGUGUUUUGUGUGAAAAUGUGUGUGUGGCUGAAUGGACCAAGAGCUUCAUUUGUCUGGUCAAAUCAAGAGCAACGCUGGAAUGAAUGGAGAUGAAGGGACAUGGUUGUUAUUUUUUUUUUCUGUGUGUAUGUGUGUGUGUUUAAUGUUCUCCCAGAUUGUGAUCCUCACUUCAUAAUCUCACCACAUUUAUUGUGCAAGAUGUUGAGGAUGCUACUGCACUACAUCAAAAAGGACAUUGUGUGUGUGUGUGUGUGUGUGUGUGUGUGUGUGUGUGAGUGAUCCACAUGUAUUUUUCACAUUCAGCUGUACAAGAUUCAUUUAGUAACAUCAUCUUUGGAGUAAUGUGAAAUUUCCUAUCCUUUUUUUUUUUUAUUGUAAGGACGACACAAGAAAAAAAAACUAGUGAACAAAUCGUGCCAACUGUCUUUUAUUGUAGAAUAUUUUUUUUAACGUAUCUAAUGAAUGUCUCGGGUCCUUAUUUAUUUUUUUUCUUCUGAUGUUUCUCUUAAACCCGAACGUGAUCAGUAACCCCUUACAGAUCUUUAGCAGUUUGCAAUAACACUAUUAGAUCAGUGUACUCUCUUCUUAUACUAGACUUUUCAGGGUUUUUAACUUCUUAAGAGUUACCUUGUGUGAUGGGGAAACACUUUGUUGUAGAGUCUAUAAGGUUCCUCUAUAAGGAUAACUGACAAUCCUAAAGGUACAGGGUGUCCUAUAUGAAUAUGAUGAGUGGAAGAAUUGUAAUUUAUCGCUGGAAUUAUGGGACACCCUGUAGAUUUCCUACAGAGUUUUUUUUUUUUUUUUCGUACUCUCCUAGAUUAAAAAAAAACAUUCAUAACCAGAUAUUUCUCAUUUUCAGUUCAUAAAUUCUAGAGUAAAAAGGGAAUCUUUUUCACUCACUUUUAAAGCCUACAAGCUCCCCCCCCCCCCCCCCCCCCUCCUUACAAAUGAGAAGGUGUUCAAGUCAAACCGGGACUUGUGAUUAUUCACAUUUUUUGUGAAUGAUUGGCGUUUACAGAAAACUUCAAGCACAAUACAGUGAUGAGACUCUUAGCCGCAGUAAAACAUUUUAACAGUGCAAUUGUUUAAAAACAAAAAAAAAAACAUAUGUCCGUGAAUGACGACCCUGACCAUGGUGGCUCGGAGCCCACCGCAGUUGUGUGGGAACUGUACACACAAUCAUUCACCAACAUCACGUGCACAUUUCAAGAACUCGGCUGGGAGUCAUUACAUCCCCCAUACCGUCCCGACCUCGCUCCAAGCCAUUUCCAAAUCUCGCGUUUUAGACGUCAAUCAGGCAGUCUGAUCACGGCUCCAGCAUACGGAGAAAAUGUUCUUGAUGGUAUCCAAACUCUAGUAAAACUCUGGGAUAAGUGUGUUAGUGUUGCUGGGGAAUAUAUAGAGAAAUUAUAGUUUUUACUCUCAUAACUGCAUUCUAUAAAUCUGCACAAUUAAAGUACCAGUUUGACUUGAACACCACCCAUAGUUCAGGUUAAGAUUUAGGUUUUUCUUUUGUUUUUUCUAAAACAUUUUAAAUACGAUUUCUGACUUCAUCAGUAUUUAAUGUUCAUACAACUAAACAACAACAACAAAAAAAGAAUUGUUAACUUGACGUGAUUGUAACUUGGUGUUUUGAAACGAUGCAUGCUUCAAUUUUAUGCGAUUUUAUGGUGUAUAUUAUAGUAGAACUCAAAGUCUUGCCACAAUGAACAUCACUAAAUAUUUUUGAUAUCUGUGGAAGCUUGUUUGUAUGUUCUGUAUUCUGUUGGCAAUAAGUCCUUAACCGAAUCUCCUCCAAGUUUACAUCUUCAGGCUAACACACCUUUUUGUUUUCCCCUUCUCUUCUUUUUUUUGGGGGGUAACUGUAUCACCAGUGUGGGACAUCUUUAAAAUUCUGUUUACUUUGUUCUAUGCAUUUUUGUUCUUAAAGGAAUAAAAGAAAAAAAAAGCUUUCAAAGCGCAUUCAGAACGCACGUACAGUAUCUAUGAAGAACCUCCCUUAUCUAGAUUAAGUUAAAGCCCCUAUGGAGAUGUCUCUCGGGUUCAAAUGUUAUUAUUUUUAACAUUUUAUCCGCUGUCAGGUCUGACCGGUUUUGUCAUCAUUUCUAUCUUUUUAUUUUUGUUUUACGUUACAAAUGUUGUUUGUGAUGGUUGAUUUGUGAUGAUUACAUUAUUGUCAUUUGAGUUUGAACUUUUUUUUUCCUAUAUGGCUGCUUCCAUGUUUUUCGACUUUAAUGCUUCCAAAAGCUGAUCCAUUAAAGGAGUUAAGGCUACCGUUUGUGUGCAGUGUUUAAUUUUAGUAAGGAUUUUAAACUAGGGUGGGGGAAACAAAAUAGCUGGGAGCUUUCAUCAUUCAGAGCAGGUUCAUUAUAAAAUCACAUAGCCUUGUUGCAGAGUGUAGGAUUAAAAGACACUGCAGUAACAAGGACCGCCAAGGACAAGGCCCAAGAGCUUUAGAGCUGGGCUUAGGGUAUAAUAAUAAUAUUUUAAUCCUUACCUUGUGCAUCUUCUUUGGCUUCCAUUAAGUUUCCUUUAAGUAAGAUGCUAGAUAUACUAUAAACUAUGUAAGGUAUAUAAAAAAAAAACUUGGGGAUGAGUUGUUGUAAGGCAAUGAUCAACUGUGUGGUGGUGUGAUGUAGCCCGAAGUUAGGCAGGUUUACUUUGCAGCUGACUAUACACUGCCUGGUUAAAAGAAAAAAAAGUCUCACACACCUUUAGAUUUGAUUACAGCACACAAUGUGGUGGCUAAGAUGUGUGAAAAUUAAUCCUCAUGCUGGCAGUCUUUUACAAUUUAAAUCCUGGAAUAAUCCUGUACCCUCAUGGGGUAAAAACAAAAAUUCAGUAGAUAUAAUAACCUGGUCAUUUAGUACAUUCAUCAUCUGACUUGAUUUUAUUGCCAUAUAACAUUGCUGAGCCUAGACCCGACCAACCCCCAAGAUCAUAACACUGCCUCCAGAGACUUGUACAGUGGGCACUGUGCAUGAUGAGUGUAUCAUUUCAUGCUCUUCCCUACUUACCCUGAUGCACAACGCUCUGGAAUAGGGUCAGUCUGAACUCAAAAGAACACAUGACCUUUUUUCCAUUAAUCCAAAAUUCAAUUUUUAUGCUCUCUAGCAAGUUGAAGCCUUUUCCUGAUUAGCCUCACUAACAAGUGAGUGUACUUAUGGCCCGGUUUUGUAAAUUCUUGUCACAUUCUGUGUUAAAAUGCUCUUACUUUCACAUAUAAAAAUAAAGCUCUGAUUUCUACUGUU